AUGUCAUACCAAACAUACCCUAUAUACUCACCACGUUCUUCACAGGCACCCGUCGUCUCCAUCUCGUUCAAAGGCCAUCAACAAAGGUUCAAUAUGGGUGCAGAAAACCACAUUGAGAUUGAGGCUGGAACUCUGGAAAUUGGAAUGGAAUAUAGAACUGUGUCUGGAGUUGCUGGACCUCUGGUUAUUCUUGACAAGGUCAAGGGACCCAAGUACAUGGAAAUUGUGAACAUUCGCCUCGGAGAUGGUACGACCCGGCGUGGGCAAGUGUUGGAGGUUGAUGGAGAUAAGGCUGUUGUUCAGGUUUUUGAAGGAACUUCUGGAAUUGACAACAAAUAUACAACCGUCCAGUUUACUGGAGAGGUUCUGAAAACACCCGUCUCAUUGGAUAUGCUGGGUCGAAUUUUUAAUGGUUCUGGGAAGCCCAUUGAUAACGGCCCCCCUAUUCUUCCCGAGGCUUACUUGGAUAUAUCUGGAAGUUCAAUCAAUCCUAGUGAGAGAACAUAUCCUGAAGAGAUGAUACAGACUGGAAUCUCAACUAUCGAUGUCAUGAACUCAGUUGCCCGAGGACAGAAAAUUCCUCUUUUCUCUGCUGCUGGUCUUCCACACAAUGAAAUAGCUGCUCAAAUAUGUCGUCAGGCUGGUUUGGUCAAACGACUUGAGAAAUCUGACAACCUUCUUGAGGAUGGUGAAGAAGAUGAUUUUGCCAUUGUUUUUGCGGCUAUGGGAGUUAACAUGGAGACAGCUCAGUUCUUCAAGCGCGAUUUUGAGGAAAAUGGAUCAAUGGAGAGGGUUACCCUUUUCCUCAAUUUGGCCAAUGACCCAACAAUAGAACGCAUCAUUACACCUCGCAUUGCCCUAACAACAGCUGAAUAUUUAGCAUACGAAUGUGGGAAGCAUGUUCUUGUCAUAUUGACAGACAUGAGUUCUUAUGCCGAUGCUCUUCGUGAGGUCUCUGCUGCUCGAGAGGAAGUGCCUGGAAGACGUGGAUAUCCUGGUUACAUGUAUACUGAUCUGGCAACUAUAUAUGAAAGAGCUGGACGUAUUGAAGGACGAAAGGGCUCCAUUACACAAAUUCCCAUUUUAACCAUGCCCAAUGAUGAUAUUACGCACCCAACUCCAGAUCUUACUGGUUAUAUUACUGAGGGGCAGAUUUACAUUGAUAGACAACUUCAUAAUAGACAGAUAUACCCUCCGAUCAAUGUGCUGCCGUCAUUGUCUCGUCUAAUGAAGAGUGCAAUUGGUGAGGGCAUGACCCGUAGGGAUCACUCUGACGUGUCCAACCAGCUAUACGCGAACUAUGCCAUUGGGAAGGAUGUUCAGGCAAUGAAAGCCGUGGUCGGAGAAGAAGCCCUUUCCUCCGAAGAUCUGCUAUACCUCGAGUUCCUCGACAAAUUCGAGAGGAAAUUCGUCACACAGGGAGCCUACGACACACGCAACAUUUUCCAGUCUCUCGACUUGGCGUGGACACUGCUCAGGAUCUUCCCCCGGGAACUUCUUCAUCGUAUUCCAGCAAAGACACUCGAUCAGUACUACAGCAGGGACACAUCUAAUUAA